AUUAAGAUGUGGGGUAAAAUAAAAUAGUGGAUUAUUUUGGCGUUGCGAAGAAUCUAGUUGAUUAAGAAAGUAUUUGGUAGAUGAAGUGUUGAAUAUCGAAGUUUGAUAGAUACACUUACAGAACAACAGAAUACACAUUUUGUAAUCCAAACGCCGCGGAAGAUGGUGGAAGUGAAUCAACUGAGUGACGACACUGUCCGCAACAUGUCCAUUGGAGCUCUCUUCUCCGAUUUCGCUGGGAAGAUUUUUUCACUUGAUUUUCAUCGCACUGCAGAUUUACUGGUUACAGCUAGUGAGGAUGAUUCGGUGCGCUUGUAUGAUAUCGCAAAUGCCAAGUUGCUGAAAACCACAUAUCACAAGAAACACGGUGCUGAUCGGAUAUGCUUUACUCACCACCCUAGUUCUGUUAUAUGCUCUUCAAGAUAUAAUUUGGAUUCAACUGGGGAAUCCCUUCGGUAUCUGUCUAUGUAUGACAACCGUUGCCUUCGUUACUUCAAAGGGCACAAGGAGAGAGUGGUGUCCCUUUGUAUAUCUCCAAUUAAUGACAGCUUUAUGUCUGGUUCACUUGACCAUAGUGUGAGAAUAUGGGAUCUUCGUGUAAAUGCCUGUCAGGGACUUUUGCGAAUGAGAGGUCGGCCCGCAGUUGCCUAUGAUCAGCAAGGCCUUGUGUUUGCUGUAGCAAUGGAAGGGGGUGCUAUUAAAUUGUUUGACUCUCGUUCAUAUGACAAGGGCCCAUUCGAGACAUUUUUAGUUGGCGGAGACAUGGCUGAGGUCUGUGAUAUUAAAUUUAGCAAUGAUGGUAAAUCGAUGCUCUUGACCACCAGAAAGAAUAAUACAUAUAUUCUUGAUGCGUAUGGAGGGGAAAAGCGAGGCGUUUUCAGUUUGGAUCCAUCUCCAGAUACAGAAUUAGAAGCAACAUUUACCCCAGAUGGCCAGUAUGUGAUAUCAGGUUCAGGGGAUGGAACUAUGCAUGCUUGGGGCAUAAACAGCGGCAAUAAGGUGGGAUCCUGGGACAGCAAAAUUGGAGUUGUAUCAUGCUUGAAAUGGGCACCUAGAAGGGUGAUGUUUGCUGCUGCUGCUUCUUCAGUUCUCACUUUCUGGAUUCCUGAUGAAUCCAAAUCCGGAAAACCUCAAAACUGAAGUGUGUUUGUGGGUUUCCAACACCCAAACCACAUGUUCACAUGUUCACUUAAUUUAUCAUAUAUCUUGGACUUGUUAAAUUUAAGGGUUUGUCUAGUGUGUGCUCAUGGGCACAUGCUAAGCACCAAAUUCUAUAAGUUUGGCGGAUUUUUAUUGGUGUGGUUGGUGAAUUUGCAGGGGGUUCACCAUUAUAAAGAAACCAAAUUCUAUAAGUUUGGCAGAUUUUUAUUGGUGUGGUUGGUGAAUUUGCAGGGGGUUCACCAUUAUAAAGAAGUAGAAGCCAAUCAAAAUCCACCGAACUUAGAAAAACCGUUAAACGGGCACACACUAGAAAAACUGUAAAUUUAAAGGUGCCUCAGAGGGUUUUGUGAGUAAACUCUUCUGGUGUUAUUUUGUUCA